AUGGUAGACGAAAAGAUCUCAAUAGAAGACGGAAAGAUGUCCAACGGUGAAGCGCACCAGGACGACCCGACCCUCGCCAACGGUUUGGGUGAUCACAAGAGGAGCGCGCCGGAGAGCACCGGGCAGAAGAUGAAGCGCUUCGUCAUGGCCAAUCUGCUGGUCAUCCUGACGGUGUCUGCGGUCAUUGUCGGUGUCUUCAUCGGGCUCGGCGUGAGAAGCGCCGGCUUGAGCCGCACGCAGAUCCUUUACUUCGGGUUCCCCGGCGAGCUCCUCAUCCGCCUGCUCAAGAUGAUCAUCAUUCCUCUGGUGGUCUGCAGUCUGGUGUCCGGUGCGGCCAGCCUGGACCCCAAAGCCCUGGGCAAGCUGGGCGGCUGGGCGAUGCUCUUCUUCCUAGUGACCACUCUGAUCUCGUCCGCCAUCGGCGUUAUCAUGGCGUUCAUCAUACAGCCGGGCUCCAGCGACGGCAAAAAAAUAUCCAACCUCUACCAGGACGAAACACAGGUUCCUGAAGCCAAAGAAGUCAUCGACUCGUUUCUAGACUUGAUCAGAAACAUCUUCCCUUCGAACCUGGUAUCAGCUGCCUUUCAGUCGUAUACCACUGUUUACAAGGUUAAAAAUAUUACCAACUCCACCAGCUUGACCGCCUUCACUGUGGAAAAGAUUCCAACUGGCAAAGAAGUGGAUGGAAUGAACAUCCUGGGGCUCAUUGUUUUUGCCAUGGCGUUUGGUGUGGCCUUGAGGAAACUUGGAGAGGAAGGAGAGAUCCUUAUCAAGUUCUUCAACUCUUUCAACGAGGCCACCAUGGUGUUGGUCUCCUGGAUCAUGUGGUAUGCCCCACUGGGUAUUAUGUUCCUGGUCGCUGCUAAGAUUGUAGAAAUGGAGGAUGUUGGCUUGCUGUUCGCCAGCCUGGGGAAGUACAUCGUCUGCUGCGUCAUUGGCCAUGCCAUCCAUGGUAUCCUCGUCCUCCCGCUCAUUUACUUCGUGAUCACACGGAAGAAUCCAUACACUUUCUUGCUGGGAUUGGUCACUGCUUUGGCCACUGCCUUUGGAACCUCCUCUAGCUCUGCCACGUUGCCCCUUAUGAUGAAGUGUGUGGAGGAGAACAACGGCGUGUCCAAGCACAUCAGCCGCUUCAUCCUGCCCAUCGGAGCGACUGUCAACAUGGACGGAGCCGCUUGUUUCCAGUGCGUAGCUGCGGUGUUCAUCGCUCAGCUGAACGGAAUCCCACUGGACUUCGUCCAGGUCAUCACCAUCCUCGUGACUGCGACGGCGUCGAGCGUGGGUGCUGCUGGGAUCCCUGCUGGAGGGGUGCUGACGCUGGCCAUCAUUUUGGAGUCAAUAGGCCUGCCCACCAACGAUCUGUCCCUCAUCUUGGCUGUGGACUGGCUUGUCGAUCGCACUUGCACGGUCAUCAAUGUUGAAGGCGACGCCUACGGAGCAGGUCUUCUGCAGUAUUUUGUGGACCGUGAGUCCAGUAAAGAGGGGGCGGAGCUAAACAAAGUGCGAGUGGAGAAAGAAGACCCCGCCUCCAGGCCAGAAAGUUCACCUCUCAUCGAGAAACAGGGAAAACUUGAAUUGGAAGAAGUCGCUGGACCGAAACCCUGUGAAGAGGAGUCCUAUAUGUAGACUUGAACAAUAUUACAACAAACUUUCCUUCAGGACCUGUCUGAUCUCACUAAAUCAAUCUCUGCAUCCACGCGGUGACCAUGGGAGAGAUACAGGUUAAGAUUAAGACAGGACAAAGACUACAUCCUUUUGACCCUCCUCUAAGCUCAACUCUAUAUGAAAGGAGUCUGCCAAAACGUACGCACAUUUAGAUCGGAAAAAUGCUUGAACAAUUAUUUAUUAGAUGCUGGUCAGACGUUUUGGAAUUCACUCCUUUUAUAAAAAAAACUUACUCCGGCCUUUCAAAAAUAAUUUAUUUAUAUUACUAUUAUUUUUACGCAUGCCCUAAUAGUUCUGAUUAUGUGCUAUUGAGUUAAACCUCAGAACACCUUUUUAAUGCAAAACAUCUAAUAAGCCAAAGCAUCCGCAGAAUUUCACUGCAUCUUUGAAACACACCAAACAUGGUUUUAGGUGGCUUUAUGGUCCGUUAUUCUUGAAUACCUCAUCCGUGCCGAUUCCCUUUAUACCACGUCAGGCUCCUCAGAUGUAGGUCCAUCUAACAGGUGUAAAUACCUUCACUAAACUUGCUACUAGAGGAGCCAAACGAGUAGUGCUGGAAACCUGACUGACAGGCAAUGGACAAUGUUACACCUUCUGCGUCUUUGUCUUUAUACAUUUCACAGCAGGCUCUUUGGGGUCAAGUUGUAUCCUAAGGUCAGACAGGAAUGUAAGCACAAUGAUAUAUGGGUCACAUGCAAAGUACUCCUUGUCUUAAAGCUCCGAGGCUGUUUAGAUAAUAGCCUUGAAGCCUGCUGUUGAGGGAGUUACUUAUGUGGAAGUCGAUGAGCAACGGAGGUCAAGAGCUGUAAACCGAUCCGUUUUGUUCUGUUUAAGAAGAAAGCCAUAGAUUAGAGCAUGAAUCAAGACUGGAACUGAGCUUUUUUUUAAAUUUUGUAUUUAAGAUCAAAUAAGGAACAUGUUUAGGAACAUGUCGGAUGUGUUAAAAAGUUUAACAUGCUCUCUCUCUCUAUCGCACACUGUCGCGCAAUUUUUUUUUUUGUUUUUUUUUCGUGUACAAAAAAAAUUAGAUUUUUUUUAAAUCUAAAAAAAUGAAGUAGCAAUUUUGUUUGCUUUUUAAAAGUACUUCUGGGAUCUUUUUUUUAUUUUUUAUUUCCCUAUGUAUGUUAUUGCAGAAAAGCACAAAUAUAAAAUGCCUGCCAUUUUCUAACAAUAGUUAACUUUACGAGUUGAACUGGAUUACUUGUUUAGUUUUUUUAUAUAUAUGUCUUAGAAAUGUAUAGCCUAAACACACCAGAAGGAGGAAGGUAUUGGAUGACGCUGAGAGACAAUUGCCUUUCUACUGCAUGUUGACCAAAUGUUUGUCACCGUGAUGAGAAAGACUUAAUAGCCCAUUUUUGUAGAAAUCAAAACUUCUAGUUGAUGGAAGAAAGGUUAAAUCUGACCAAAGAAACAGUUCUAAUUUUUCAUAUUAAUUUAUCAAUAUGUAUUACUAAAAUAUGGAGUUUUGGUGCUUAUGAUCUGCAUAAUUAACAUUUCGUCUCUCAUUUCUGUUCUGUGCUCAAGUUGUAUUUCAAAUCUCAGCUGUUCUGCGUGACUGUCAUCACUCCUUUCAAAGCCAGUACUGUAAAGGCUUCUCAUUCCAGGCGGCUGAAGCGUAGCUGCCCCGAUGAUGUGGAUAUGUGUCCGUGUGCGAAUUUAAUGUGUGGUUGUGUUAUAAAUGGCUACUUGAUGCCAAAGAGUACUGUUAAGAAAUCCAGUGUACUCCACACAGACUGCAUAAUAAAGUUUUUUUUUUUCUUAAUAAAUCAGCAGUGAUGUUCUCUUUAUUAUGAGUUCAGGUAACUGAACCACUUGUUUGUUUAUCAUAUUUAUCUAUAUCAUGUUUAUAAUUGUGGCUUUCUGUGUUCAGGCAUUUUGUAUAAUGAUUGCUUCAAAGGCCAGCAUGUUUGGCUUCAUGUCCUGUUGCGCCACCUUGUGGUUCAUUCAACAUUUUACUGAAAUUUUUACAAUUAAAAACUCGAAAAGUAAUUCUGUGAGAUGGUUUAUUUCAGGACAUCUGAAAUACAUUUGAGAUAUUAAGUCAAAGUGUGGUGUUAUGCUGUUUGUUACAUAUUUGGUGGUCAUAAUGCAUUUACAUAAUGAACAUUACGUAGCACUGUAUAUUUGUGCGCCACCAUGACAAAACAAUUGUGUAAAGAAUGAGUUACAUUAAAACAAAAUUGAGAUCAAACUAAAAAA